ACAAAUGUUCCCAUAUCUGGUGAACAGUGGUAAUGUUUGUAGGUCUAACUAUCCGCGUUUUAAUCAGGAAAGCAGCUCAGUCAAAUCUGUGGACUUCAGCAAAUAUUGGACUGCUACAUUUAACUCAAAAUUGUCGGACGUCAACUCAGACGAGAAUGCAUUCAAGCAUCAAGAGCGUCAAUCAUGGUAGUAUGCGAGUGCAGGUGCUUCCAGCCCUACAAGAUAACUUUAUGUACUUGAUUAUUGAUGAGAAGACCAAGGAAGCUGCCAUUGUUGACCCAGUUGAACCAAAAACGGUUCUAAAAGCUGUGGAGAAGGAAGGUGUAUCAUUGAAAAGUGCGCUGACCACGCAUCACCAUUGGGACCACGCGGGAGGGAAUGAAGAACUUGCCAAGCUCGUUCCUGGGCUCCCUGUGUAUGGUGGCGACGAUAGAAUUGGGGCUUUGACAAAGAAAGUGAAGCACAAUGACGAGUUAAAGAUUGGCAACCUUCAUAUUAAAUGCCUUUUUACACCUUGCCAUACCGCUGGUCAUAUUUGUUAUUACGUCACUGCUGACGUGGACAAACCCGGAGCUGUUUUUACAGGUGACACUUUAUUUCUGUCGGGUUGUGGCAAGUUUUUCGAAGGAACACAACAACAAAUGUAUCAGGCGUUGAUUGAAAUUCUCGGAAAACUACCUCCAGCUACAUCCGUCUACUGUGGUCACGAGUAUUCUGUUCAGUCGCUUGUUUUUGCCCAGCAUGUUGAACCAAACAAUACAGGCUUAACGAACAAGUUGGAAUGGUGCAAGGCUCAAAGAGCAGGAAAAAAUGCAACAGUUCCCUCAACUUUGGCUGAGGAAAAUGGAUACAAUCCUUUUAUGAGAGUUAGAGAGAAAUCUGUUCAGGAAUACUGCGGUACAAAUGAUCCUGUAGAAGCAAUGGGUGUGCUUCGACAGAAGAAAAACUCAUUUAAAGGCUAAACAUUUAUAGCCUGCCUUGAACAAACUGUAUAUUUUGAAUUCAAAUAAAAGCUUAACAUUC